AGAUCGUUUGGAGCACUGAACUGUGAAUAUGAAAACAACUGCAUUGAUACUGCUACUGUUGGGCUGCCUUCUGGCUGUGGUUUGCGCUACGCCGGGCAGUGUGGUUAUCAAUGGCCAAUGCAUAGACUGUAAUCGACCUGAUGGCGACGAUUCAGUGAUAAUUCCAGGAGAUAUCAAAAAAUCGGCAGCUGCUACUCAGAGCUUGACUGCAGGCUCUGUGCUUUUUGGUCUUUUAUAUUUUACAACAAGCUAUGUUCUCCGCAAUUAGACAUAAUUAAUCACAUGAAUGUUUAUGAAUUUUUUAUAUAAAAUAAAAAUGAAUAAUCUGUAAUCACA